UCCUCCUCCUCCUCCUCCUCCUCGUAAGCUCACCUCUUCACACUUCGGUCUCGGGGGUCCAUCUGAUAAGGUCCCUGAGGAUACGAGGCGAUGAUCUGCCUGGCUGCAACGUCGAAUAUAUCAGGCGAGGUGCGUCAGCCGUCGUCGCAAAAGAUGAAGUGGAAACGGAUCUGCUUGAUGCUCAGCGCAAGCAAGGCGUCACAUUCGUUUCUCUGCGGGACAAACAGUAUUGCAAAUCGUGCAACGAGGCCUCAUGGCCUGCGACACCGACACCUCGCCUUUCGGGGCUACUCAGGUCGACUUACUCUCUCAUAAGGUCUUCAGCUCAAGCCAUGUCCUUGUUGGGAUGGUGGUGGAUGGAUGAUGUAUGGACUAUGGAUGGAUGGAUGGAUGGAUG